UCAAGAAUGGAAACAGACUGCAACCCCAUGGAGCUGAGCAGUAUGGCAGGGUUUGAAGAAGGUUCCGAGCUGAAUGGUUUUGAAGGCGCUGACAUGAAAGACAUGAGGCUGGAAGCCGAGGCCGUUGUCAACGACGUGCUCUUUGCUGUCAACAGCAUGUUUGUCUCCAAAAGCCUGCGCUGCGCAGACGAUGUGGCCUACAUUAAUGUGGAAACCAAGGAGAGGAACAGAUACUGCCUGGAGCUCACUGAAGCAGGGCUUAAGGUGGUAGGUUAUGCUUUUGACCAGGUAAAUGAUCAUUUACAGACUCCCUACCACGAAACAGUCUACUCCUUGUUGGAUACGCUCAGCCCUGCCUACCGGGAAGCGUUUGGAAAUGCACUCCUCCAAAGACUGGAAGCUUUGAAAAGGGAUGGACAGUCAUGACUCAGCUUUGUCCUCUGAGAGGGGCUGGUGCUGGUCCAGAGUGUUGACAUAAGGCGUGAAAUUCUUGCAUAUGGUCAUAGAAAACACAUCUUUGGUUUUGUCUUUAUCAUAGGCUCCAAAUUUAGGCUUUUGACUUCAGAGAUUUUUGAGUAAUGAAUUGUCUUAGUUUCUGAUUGACUAAAGGAAUUCGAGGCCGUUGCUGUGACACCAUUGUCAAGACAUUCACAUUUCUUCAUAUAAUAUCUCUGCAUUUCAAACCCUAAUCAGUAUUUCAUUCUCUUACUACAGGGCUUUGAUGCUGCCAGCACUCUCUUUCACAUAGAAAAUUCUAGAUUUGCACAGUAAUAUAGGAAUUAGAAUUACCUGACUGUACACUUUGAUUCAGCCUACUAAAUCCAGGGGUUCAAUACUAGCUUGGACUGACUUUGUAGGAAUUAUUUUGCUACUAGCCUUAUUGGAAACAAAUUAUCAACUAGUUUCCCCUGCACAAAUUUUAAAAUUACUGCUUCACUUAAUCUAUUUAUAUUGCUAAUAUGAAUUGAUAAAGAUGAAUAAUUAUAUAUUGCUUAACUAGUAUUAAAUGAAAAACAGGAACUGAAGUAGUUCUGUGUCCCAUGUUUGCAACAGCCAGCCAACUAAGAGAGGACAAGCCGUUAGCAAAUGAAUGUAAUAAUUACUCAUUUCUAAGGUCUCUAAGCACAUAAGCAAAUCCAGGAACACACUCCAUUCUUUCUCUUAACAAAAAGCAUCUCCGGUGUGGGUGAUUUAAAAGAAGGAAGAUUCUGGUUCCCUAGAAGAUGAUAUUUUGGCCUGUGUUGAUUCUUAUUCUGAAUGUUUGUUUACAUGAUGUAUAGUAUAUAUUCAGAAAGUAUUUUUGCUUCAGCGUUUGCUUUCUAUAAUGUAGUGCUUUGGUAUUUCCAUGGCACCCACCUUCCCCAACAGAUGUACAGUGUUCCGUCUCCGUGCUCAAUCUACAAUGUCAUGUGAGUGCAUUGUGUGGGUUUGAAACCAAAGGACGAAUGAAGCAUUCAGAGACUUAAUAUUUGCAAAAGGGAUACUCUGUAUUUUCUAUUUUAUUACAGGUACUGAUAUUUGUAAACUCAAUAAACUGUACCAUGCUGCUGCAUGUUUUCAAGGACAUGUUGAACAAUAAGGAUUGGGGAGUUGUUUUUUAAUGGUCACCUAAAGCAGCUGCUGUAGAAAUGUGGAACUAAAAUUCUCCAUCUCAACACACCCUCAUAAAUGUGUCAUUUGCAGGGUUUUUUUAAAUCGCUAUUUUAAAAGCAGGUACUUUUAGGCUCUGAAGAUCACGUGGACCAGAGCCACUUAAAGUUCAUUCGCAUCACAGUUCAUUGUCAAACUCCAUUGGAUGCUUUGUUCGAUGAUGUGUGUUCAUUUUUCAGCUUUGUGUUCAGAUGCUUAAGUGAGCAAUGAAGUCUAACUCCAGGUUGAACUUUCUCAUGCUUAAUCUCAGGCUAAAUGUAAAUGAUAUUUGUAAAGUUUGAAAAAAGUUCUGUUUACUCACUUCGAGUUAAGUAUGAAGAAAAGUGAUUGUAUGUUUAAAAAUUGAAAUUGUUCAUUUUGUGAUAAAUGACUGAUUGAUUCCGA